AGAGAAACGGGGUUGUUUUCUGUCAUUGAAAAUUCCAUUUAGAAAGUACUAACAGUGAAAGGAAUAUUAUAGAAAUACAUAUUUAUACGAUCCCGAAUCAUCGAAUAGAGCAUCGUUUCCCGCUUGCACUGCGCACAAUAUCGCUCUCAGCAACAACAACAAUCUUUAAUUGGCGGAAUCGACUCCAGAAUACCAUUUAUUUUAGAUCAAACAUCAUUGGAAAAUAAUUCACUUUAUUUGCCUACAGCACUAACAAUUUGUCGGCUUCCAAAAAGUUGUUCCAACAAAAUUUCGUAAAUUCAAGCCUUUUACAUUUUUUGUAAAUCCAAAAAGAGGUUUCAAUCAUGGUUUCGUAUUCGGUGAUGUUUUUUACAGCCUGCCUGCACAUUGGGUUUCAGACCAACAUCUUCGUGAACAUCGAUCAGCCGAUCGCAGUGCCGGGGAACUUGUGCGCCAGCUUCGUGAUGUACUGUGGCUUUCUGUACUUCCUGCAGGACAUGGUGCUGCUGCCGCAGUACUACAAGCGUCGCAUGUUCUGGCCGAUCAGCUUCUUGAUCGAGCUGACGCUGAGCAUUACCGUGAUGGAGGUGCUGCUGCUGUUCGUUUGGGCCCGCAUCGAGCUGCUCAUCUCUCUGUGGGUGAAGGCGGCGAUUCGCUACUACGGCAGUGUGAAUGAAGCGGACUACGGCCAUCACGAGACGACCAUUGUGGGUAUCCUGGUCACAUACAUAGCGGCGCUCUUCUGCAUGAGUGCCAUUAUGGCCACGGCGGAGUCCGAUGAGGAGCAGACGGAGGUAGAGGAGGAGGUAAAGGAGGAGGUAAACGAGGAGGUAAAGGAGGAGGUAAACGAGGAGGUAAAGGAGGAGGUAAAGCAGCAACAGAAGAAUCUAAAGCAACAGCAAGAUCAAUCGCUGAAGGAGAAGCAGAAUCAAUCGCAUAAGGAGCUGCAGGAUCAAUCUCUAAAGGAGCAGAUAGAUCAGCAAGAAUUCGAGCAGCUGGAGGAGCGCCUCUUAGCGCCUACAAACUGUGUAAUCCUUGCCGAUGGGGAGCCACUGUCCUCGGAAACCUAAAAGGACAAUACAAAAGAUGACUAGCAGACACCCGGCGAUGAAUAUUAACCUCCGUGAAACCCCCGAAAUUCCAUAAUUUUUUCAACUAAAAUUCAAAGAAGAAAAGGCAGAAAAAUAGUUAUUGGCUUACAUAAUGCACAAAAACCAUUUAAAUAUUGAUAUUUAAUAUAAUUAUCGAACAAC